ACAUCAGAUAUUGGGAGCUGCAUCAUGUAAAACCUGCAUGAGCAUACCAAAGGGCUAUGGGAACGUAUGCUUCGGGAGCUUGCAUCCAACAAUGCGGCGACAUCUAAAUGGCGGUGGGAGGUGUCUAAGAUCACCUUUCGUCUUGUCCGAGAAUAGAUUCAGCUAGGAUAAAGUAUUCUCCUGUGAGAGAUGGAUAGAAUAUCCCCGCGAUCUCCAGAUGUAGACGAUUAUAAAAAGAAGUGGUGCGUAUAUCUUCUCAGAUGUGCAACUGAAUUCAUCUCGCAUUCUUUUACUUCUUAGUGAUGUGAGUGAUGUGCUUCUUCCAUUAUCCAGCUCCCAAGCCCAGGAAUAAGAAGGCAAAGAAGCAAGCGAGUUUGAGGAGGGCAGUCGGCGGUAACGUGGUCCACGAUAUUCCGUACGAAGCAGCGGACGACGCACUCUAUCAGGAACCUGCGGGAAUAGGAACUGCGGCGGCGAUGUAUCAUCCGAACUUCAAUUACUUCCCAUACGGCAUGGAGCAGUAUUUUAAAGACGAACCCUACUACGUAACGCGUGGCUCGUGGGCCUCGCAUGGAGAGGCGCUGAACGGCAGUCUGGGCGCGGCGAAGGAGAUCGGGGAGAAGAUAGAGCAGCUGAAGGGCGUCGUCUCCGGCGGAGUCGCGGUGGCCCGAGCCUUGGCCGGAAGCACCCAAGGCGCUCUCGAGGGGGCCCGUGAUGAUAUUAACAACACCCACGCAGCGGUCCAGGGCGUGAAUAACGCGCUUAGACAGACCCAUGAUGCGAUCAACAAGCACUACAGCGAGCACAGCACCAAGCAAGACAGAUGUGCCGCCGAGAUCAGCAAAGUUCGAACGAUGUUAGAGGAGGACGCGAAAAAUAAAGAACAGGCGCGUCAGCGACAGCAAAACAUGCAGGAGGCGUGGAACUACUACCAAUGGUUUCGACAGGCGGAACAGGAGGCUGAACAGAAAUCGUCGUCUAAGAGCAGUAGCAAUCCUCAUCAGACCCGACAGCCAAGCAGAAGAAACAACAAUACGAAAACAUCAUAUGAACGACAGGCACCCCUCGACGACCCGUACGCGUCUGAGGGACAGGGACGCGCGCCUCCCGACCAGCGGAAACUCAAGCGGUCAGUUUUGGAAUGUCUGGACCAGAUUCUCGGUGAGGCGGGCUCGCACGCUGACCGCCCCGAGCGAAGCCCCCAGAACCACACUCACUUCCAUGCCUACGCCCCGACAUCUCCACCGCCGUGGGGGGGUGCCCAGCACUAUGCAGACUUAGACCCCCGCGGCGGCUGGCAACAAUUUCAGGCUUCCCCUUUUCCGGCCCGAGACGAUGCUUAUCACAACAACGACGGCAGCAGUACUCGCGGUGGCCCGGGGAAGAGAAAUGCUGCUAGAUACCAGUGCCAUCCGGUUAUACACAACGGGGUGUGGGACGGUCGUGGCCCUAAUUAUUACUAGGAGGUACUUAACCUAACCUAACCUAACCUAACCUAACCCAAGAUAUGUCUAUGGUAUGUUAGGUACAUAUGUGGAUAUUAGAGCCCAACCUCUUCCCCUGAUAUUAGUCAUUAUCGAAUAUGAAGUCGGAAUCCUCACGUGUUAUCAUGGGGUUGUUGAUUCUAGCACCAUUGCUCAGGGUCUAGGUUCUGGAACCCCCAGGUCCGUGUAAAUCAUGCUGAAGCCACAAGUUUGGCGGCUAUGACCACUUGGUUGCCCUACCGUGAUUCGAAGUAGAUACGGACUCUCUCC